CGGGGAAGUGAACAGGCCAUAGUAAACCUGGCAGUAAGUUCAUACCACUGACGUUGCAGUAGUAGUCAGCUGUCCUUUAGCAGUCUGAAAGUCUGAAAAAGAACUAGCUACCUGUUAUUACCACUAUUGUUUUCUGUGUUUACGUCCAGAGCAAGGUUUUGAAAUGUCAAAGAAAAUCAAGGCAGGACCUGUGGUUGAAAUGCAAGGAGAUGAAAUGACCAGAAUUAUUUGGGAGCUGAUCAAAGAAAAGCUAAUCUUUCCCUACGUUGACAUGGAGUUACAUUGCUAUGACCUGGGAAUCGAGAAUCGUGAUGCAACUAACGAUCAGGUGACCGUGGAUGCAGCUGAGGCUGUUCAGAAAUACAAUGUGGGCAUCAAAUGUGCCACCAUUACUCCAGAUGAGAAGCGUGUGGAGGAAUUCAAGCUGAAACAAAUGUGGCGAUCACCCAAUGGCACUAUCCGCAACAUCCUGGGCGGCACAGUGUUCCGUGAGGCCAUCAUCUGUCAAAACAUCCCACGGCUAGUUCCUGGCUGGAUCAAGCCAAUCAUCAUAGGUAGACAUGCUCAUGGUGAUCAGUACAAAGCAACAGACUUUGUGGUUUCUGGACCUGGAAAGGUUGAGAUGAAAUACACACCAUUGAAUGGGCCCCCAGUGACUUUUGUUAUACAUGAUUUUGAAGGUACUGGUGGAGUUGCAAUGGGAAUGUACAACACAGACAAGUCCAUUCAUGAUUUUGCCCAUAGUUCCUUCCAGAUGGGCCUGACCAAAGGAAUGGCAGUUUACCUCAGUACCAAGAACACAAUUCUGAAGAAGUAUGAUGGCCGCUUUAAGGACAUAUUCCAAGAAAUUUAUGAGAAUGAGUACAAAUCCCAGUAUGAGGCCAGGGGUAUCUGGUAUGAACACCGACUCAUAGAUGACAUGGUGGCACAAGCAAUGAAGUCAGAGGGUGGUUUCAUCUGGGCCUGCAAGAACUAUGACGGAGAUGUCCAGUCAGAUUCAGUGGCUCAAGGCUACGGUUCUCUGGGCAUGAUGACCAGUGUCCUGAUAUGUCCCGAUGGCCGCACUGUUGAAGCCGAAGCUGCCCAUGGAACAGUAACACGACACUACCGUCAGCACCAGCAGGGCAAAGAGACCUCCACUAAUCCCAUUGCCUCUAUUUUUGCAUGGACACGAGGUCUGGCCCAUCGUGCGGAGCUGGACAAGAAUACUGAGCUGCGUGUAUUCGCAGAGGCACUGGAAGCUGUUUGCAUUGAAACAAUUGAAGCUGGAUUCAUGACCAAGGACUUGGCAGCUUGCAUCAAGGGGUUACCAAAUGUCCAGCGCUCAGAUUUUCUCAACACCUUUGAGUUCCUAGAUAAACUGGCAGAGAACCUAAAGACCAAGAUGUCCAAUCAGCCUAAACUCUGAAUCUUCUCAGUACUCAGAAGAUAUACACACAAAGAUGCAUGAAGAAAUAUUAGAAACUUGUACGCCUUUUAAUUUUGAAAUUUGGAGAUAUAUCCAGUGAUAAGUACAUUCACAGAUUUGGUUAGACCAUCCACAUAUUAUCUGCCCAUAUGAGGCACUGCAUUCCAGUGGAUGGACUUAAGUGCCUUUUCAUGGCUCAUGCUAAAUUAAAAUAAGACACCUAUUGUCUAGCAGAAGUUUAAACAGAAACUGAAAGAAACCGCUUACAGCAUUGACUGCACUUGUGUAUGUAUGGUUCAUAACACUUUUUUUAAUUGAUGUACUAAUAGUGAAAUAGUUUUGUCUUUGUAAGGUAUGUUAUAGAAUCUCUGAAAUGCUGAAAUAUUUUAAUAAAGUUGCACAUCAUAUUUACUUUCAGAAGUCUCAUUCAAGUCUUCAGUAUUCAGUAUAGAUAGUAUAACAAAGUGACUGUCAACACUUCUAGCAUCGUAACAGAAAUGUCUUUCAAGUCUCCCAACAGUGUAAUGUUAAUAAAAGAAAACAUUCCACAAA